GCGUCUGUUUCCUUCAACCUGCACCGACUGACUCCACACACACACACACACACACACACACCGAGCGGCCCUGAAUGGAGCGAACGGUCCGGAAUUCGGAACUUUAACGCGUAUUAAUGAAUUAAAAGAGAACGCAGAAGGACCGCGCGCGCGACCCGGAGCUGCUUCGACCUGGUGGUCCAUGAUUUUGUGAAGACUGCACGCAGGAGUGAAGCGCGCGCGCAGACACACACACACACACACACACACACACACAGCUGCAGUUCAGAGACCUGCAACAUAUUAAUGACACACACAGGAAGUGUUGUAGAAUCUCACACACACACACACACACACACACACACACACACACACACACACACGGUGUUCUCCAGCAUCAUCUCAUUAACUCCCAGUGGAUUCUGAACACUAUCAUCUGGGCCUCCAUACAUCUGGAACACAUCUGCAUUUACACUUUAUUUAUUUCUUUAUUUAUUGAAUAAUUUAUACCUGAGCGAGAGGCCAUGCGACGGGUCACGGCACCGUGGGUCAUCCGCUUCAUGGUGGCGGCCGUGUCGAUCCUGGUGGACCGGUACCGGGCCGAGGGUGACGUGGUAAAUCUGUCAGAGCGUGUGAUCUGGGCGGUGAACGCUGGAGGAGAUGCCCACACCGACACACACGGCAUCCAUUACAGAAAAGACCCGCUGGAAGGCAAACUGGGAAAAGCGUCGGAUUAUGGGAUGCGGUUACCGAUCCUGCGCUCAAGUCCAGAGGACCAGGUUCUGUAUCAGACGGAGCGCUAUAACGAGGACACGUUCGGGUACGAGGUUCCAAUACGGGACGAGGGAGAGUACAUCCUGGUGCUGAAGUUCGCAGAGGUGUAUUUCGCCCAAUCACAGCAGAAAGUGUUUGAUGUGAGGGUAAAUGGUCAUGUGGUGGUGAAGGAUCUGGAUAUAUUUGAUCGUGUUGGUCACAGCACAGCUCAUGACGAGAUCAUACCAUUUAGCAUAAAGAGGGGGAAACUUACUAUUCUGGGGGAAGUGUCCACUUUCAAUAGCAAACUAAACAUCGAGUUUAUCAAGGGUUACUAUGACAACCCGAAGGUGUGUGCGCUGUACGUGAUGAAAGGGAAACCUGAAGAGGUGCCGAAGCUACAGCCUCACCCCGGCCUGGAGAAGCCCGAGGAAGAGGAAGAAGAGGAAGAGGACCCUGAAGCAGGAGAUGAUGCGGUAAACAAGUUCACACCCCCGACUCCGAAAAACCAGGUCCGGUCGGGUCCGAGAACGCCGAACCCGUACGCGGCCGAUAACAGCAGCCUGAUGUUCCCGAUCCUCGUGGCGUUCGGAGUGUUUAUACCUACACUGUUCUGCCUCUGCCGCCUGUGAGAGAGUGAGGGGGGGUAGGGGGUGGGGGACGGGGGUAGAGGGGUGAGAGAGAGGGAUGGACAAAUUCAUCAGAUCCAACAGGAAGUGAUGGGGGCAGGACAGUGUCUCAUACUGCUUUGUGAUUGGAGGAAAAAGGCAAGCCAGUGAGUUUAAAGAACAGUUCAGCGCGGUGUUCACAUUCGACCCUGGAUUCUUACCCCACUUUCAGUAUCUCAUGAGGUUUUCUGCUUUCGUUUUUGCCCCGGAGCUUCAGCGCUAAGAAGUAAUGAGCUCUUAUAGCCACCGGUUCAGUGUGUGUGUGUGUGUGUGUGUGUGUGUGUGUGUGUGUGUGUGUGUGUUUAGGACACACUGUUAAUCUGGUAGCUAUAAACCUCUGUUACUUGUUUGCUCCUGUAGCCUUCAGUGUGAAAGUGUUUGAGCUCCAGCGUAUUACUCGUCAGCUAUGCAAUCAUUAAACCAGCGGGAAGCGUGCAGCAUCUCAUUCACACACACCACCACAACACCCGGUGCCCCCUAGUGGAAAUGUAGUGCACUACAUAGUGUACAGGAGCCAAACCCUAUGUAGUGUGUUUAACUGCAGAUUCACUCCCAGUCCACUGCACCUACUGAGGGAACUGUUAUAGAAGAAGGUACACUCAUGGAAGUUCACUACAUGUCCAUUGAGGAGCAGUUUGGAAUUCAGCCGCCGUUCCUCAUAUUAGUACACUAUCUAACGAGGAGGUACACUGUAGUUUUCUCACAACAGAUCCGAUGGUAUUUUACACCGAUCUCACACACACCAAACCGCUGGUCAAAUGACAGGCUCCGCCCCUUAUGUUUACGGUUCAUUUGUGUUGUUUCUGUCACCGCCCUGGAGGUUGAACAUUGCCGCAUCAUUCGUUGUAUUAAAGAAACAGUUAUGAUAAAAUGCUAAUGCUGCUAACCGUGUACCUGAGAGUGAAAAGCCACCAGUUAGCAUUUAGUGUACGGGGUUGUUUCAAUUAAUGCUGGGUGCUUUAACCUUUUAGUGUUUUUUUUUGUUCAGUUGUUUCCUGUAAUCUCGAUCCGGUUGUUUUAUUUUUUCCCUCAUGGUUGUACGACGUCUGGUUUUAUUCCUGCAUUCUCCUGUCAGCAGAAAGGAAUCACAUGAAGCACCUUUUAUCUCUUCAGAAGCGAUAAUCAGCACCAAAGUGAACUUGUACGCUGUGUGUGUGUUGGGGUGUGUGUGUGUGUUGGGGUGUGUGUGUGUACGGUACGGAGUCACACUGAUUAGCGUGUGCCAUACAGAUAAUGAAUAAUAUUGUGCUCGUCACAUUUGCUGUUUUUCUUCAUGUUUUUAUUGCUUUUAUUAUUUUCCUGAUUUGAUUGUUAACACGGGACCUCGCUGCUGUCGCAAACACAGAGGGGAGGGGCCGGUGGGCAUGGACUGCAAAUCUGGUGGGCGUGGCUUAAGUGGGCAGGGUCAAUCGGCGUGGAUUUGUCCGUAUAUCAACUCACUGGCUGAGUAAUUAUUAAAAAAAAAAAGUAAAAAGUAGUCUUUGUAAAAGAGAAUUUUAAUGACAUCCUGCUUAUUGAUUUUACACAUAUGGACUCGGAAACACCCAUUUCUCCAUAUAUGGACAAAGACAUGUCUAUCUUUUACUCUAGACUGGGUCACUCCAUUAUUUUGUUGUUGUUUUUUUUGUUGGAUUUGAACAUGCCUUUCUCAUUAUAUAUGGGCUUGGACAGACACACACACACACACACACACACACACACACACACACACACACAUCUCCAUAUGUAGACAUGGUUCUCUUCAACAUCCACAUUUCUAUAGAUAAAGCUCAGCUAUGUCGCAUUUCAUUUAGACACUCCUGGAGUUUUACAUUAAAAAUAGAUUUUCCAUAUAUGGACCCAGCAAAACAUAAUGAUAUAUAGAUUUAAAAUAGAAACUAUUUGUCAGACACACCUAUAUUUCCUGAAUAUUAUAGUGCCACACUUCCCGAUAUGGAUUGGGACACGCCCUCUCAGGCUUAUUGUAAAGGCUCUCAUGCCCUGCAGUAAAACAGAGGCUUGAUGCAGAAUCGGGGGUUUUUUUUUCGGUAUAUUUUAUAAUUUAAUGAUUUGAGAUUUUUGUUGUGAUUUUUGUCCUAAUCGUGUUUUUCCUCUCAGGAUUUCUGAUUUGAUUUGGAUUCUAUUUUUGAUGGGUUUUUAUUUUUAUUGGUGGUUUUAUUUUGCACUGCCUGCUGUUAUUAUUUUUGAGCUUUUCCUCCUUCCUUGUCAUCUGUUGCCAUUUUGAUUCACUGCCUUUGGUUUUGAUGCCUUGAAGUUAACUUUUUUAUUUAAUACACUCUUCAGUGAUUUACCAUCUCAUGAGUCGUGAUCUGUUUCUGUGCACACUUUGUUUUUACUUUGCUUCAGUUUCUAAACAGCCUUCGACACGGCCAAAGACGCUGCUGCCUUCAUGCUCAUUAGCUACAUACCUAGAUAGUUAGCUCUGUGUGUGUGUGUGUGUGUGUGUGUGUGUGUGUGUGUGUGUGUGUGUUGGACUAGCGCUGUUCUGUUGGACCCCCGUCUCUCUCUCGGCCUCCUGAACACAGGACACUCUGUGGCAUUUUGGGGAAUGAAAAGCGCACAAACUGCAGACUGUGUGCUGUUUCUUUUUAAUAAAUGUGCUAUUUUAUCUACAA